AGGUGACCACGGGCCGGUGGCUGUCACGUGGCUGGGGCGCGCCCGCCCGUUGUGGCCAUGGCGGCCGCGGGCUCCAGUGUGGUGAAGCGAGUGGAGGAGCUCGGGGACCUGGCUCAAGCCCAUAUUCAGCAACUUAGCGAAGCGGCUGGCGAAGACGAUCACUUUUUAAUUAGGGCCUCUGCAGCUCUAGAAAAAUUGAAACUUCUGUGUGGAGAAGACAAAGAAUGUUCAAAUCCAUCAAAUCUUCUAGAACUUUACACACAGGCUAUUUUGGACAUGACAUAUUUUGAGGAGAACAAGCUAGUAGAUGAAGAUUUUCCUGAAGACUCUUCACAGAAAGUAAAAGAGCUGAUUGGUUUUCUUUCAGAACCAGAAAUUUUAGUUAAAGAAAAUAAUAUGCAUCCAAAACACAGCGACUUGCUUGGGGAUGAGCUCCUGGAAUGUCUCUCUUGGAGACGAGGAGCCCUACUUUAUAUGUAUUGUCAUUCUCUGACCAAAAGGAGAGAAUGGCUCACGAGAAAAUCUAGUUUUCUUAAAAAGUACCUUGUUGAUGGAAUCAGUUACUUGCUACAGAUGCUAAAUUAUCGGUGUCCUAUCCAGUUAAAUGAAGGAGUUUCUUUCCAGGACCUAGACACAGCUAAAUUACUGAGCGAAGGAAUAUUUAGUGACAUUCAUUUGCUGGCUAUGAUGUACAGUGGAGAAAUGUGUUACUGGGGAUUGAAACAUUGUGCAGAUCAACAGCCAGAAAAUCAUGAAGUGGAUACUGGUGUUUCUGGAGCAAGCUACACUACACACGAAGAAACUUUGGAUUUCCGAGAAGUAGGAGAAAAAAUAUUGAAAAAGUAUGUAUCUGUAUGUGAAGGACCCCUGAAAGAACAAGAAUGGAAUACAACAAAUGCAAAACAAAUUUUAAACUUCUUUCAGCAGCACACUAACUAGUAAGUUUAUCUCAUGCUUUUCAAACUGAAAAACAAACAAAAAGACCCAUGAAUGGAAAAGUUCCAGAAAAGAGACAUAGUGACACUGAAUUUAAGACCAUUACACUACAUAAUGAUAUUCAGCAUUGUUACCCUUUUUCAGAUGCCAUCCUCGUCUUUCAUUAUAUCUUCUUAAAUGAUUCUUUAAUUUCUAAAAUGGCAUGUAUGUUAUUCUAACUCAGCCUAAAUUAUAGAUAUGCUGUAACUAAUACUAAGGAAGAAUUCAGUUUAGCUUUACAAUGAUUUUUUUGUAUUACUUUUUUUAUUGUGGUAAAAUAUACAUAACAUAAAAUCGACCAUUUCAACUAUCUUUAGAUUAUUUUUUAGUAUUCCUGUCUUGAGGUUUGCUGUGCUUCAAAGAUUUAAAAUCAGGUCAUCUCAUUGCUUUGGAUAUAUGCUAUUGAUAUAAAAAUUGGCAAAAUAAAAAAUUGUGACCAAUAUUCAGAUUUCAUUUCCACAAUAAGGUAAAUAAUGAAAGACUCCACAAAAGAAUUGUUGUUUAAUUAUUUUAUCAUGUAUUACUAAUGGCAUUUAAAAUUUUUAUUCUUUUAGGCAUUUUAUAAAAAUUCAAAAAUGAUUUUCCUAUUGUUUAAAAGAAUAUGCGUAGUUUAUCACGUGAGUAAUGAUGAUAAAAUCAAGUUAGGUUAGUCUACUGUUAGUUCGUAUGUUUUUAGGGUACAUCUUUUCAUACAUAUUGAAAUUUUAAUAUUUUUUGUUUUUAAUAGUAGAGGUGAGUGAUAAAGGCCAGAGAGCCUAACUUGCUAUCUUGCUUACAGUCUUUCUGUCUACCUCAACUUCUGUUGUCAUCUUGGGAUCAUCUGUCUGGUACCUUGCUGAUAGAUCCUUGAUUUCUGCACCAGUGACUUCAUCACAUUCCAGGAGCAUGGAAUUCCCAUGGCCUCACCUUGAAUAUCACCAUCCUGACUUUCUUUUUCUGAAAUCUUAAAUUUCAGUAACUGAUGACAAUUUUCAUCUUUCCAGCUUUUCACUUCCUCAUUUUAACUGAUUUUUCUCUCUCCUUUAUUUGGAUUGGACUAUUUCUUUGGCUUCUUCACAACCUCCUCCUCUGGACUACUCUCCUUUCUCCUAAACCAUCAGCCCCUUUCAGACAUCCUUCCUUCCCUAUCCAGCCCCAGCCUUAUGGGGCACCUUAUGAAGUGCUCUCCACAGUCUCUUCAAAUCAGUCUUCCCCUUGUCCUUCAGCCUGAUCAUUCUGCAAAAGCCCUCAACAUUGAAUUCAUCCCGUCUUCCACAUUUCCUGGGAUGCUGAGUUCCACGUGAAGUACAUGCAGUCCUUCAAGUGGAAUCUCUGUAAGUAUCUUGCUUUCAACUUUAAAAGAGCCCUCAAUGUAAGCCUCUUGUUUGUUACUGUUGUGGCCCCUCUGCCCUUCCCGCUGUGGCUAAUCCAAACCUGUAACUUUCCUCAUCACUUUGCUCAGGCCCUCUGUCCCCUCUGCUAGCAUACAGCUCUUGGUCUUAUCUUACAGAAAAUUGAGACCAGGAGGAAGUUAACUUCUAUUUAUUACCUUUGCCCUACUCAUUUUCCCUUUUUUAGAGGAAAAGAAGUAGCUACUUCCUGUUGAAGAGCAAUCUCCACCUUUCGUCUGUGCCAUCUCCCUCACUUCCCCAGGGGCUUCUGUUUUUCUACCUACCGUUUAGGUAUUGCUCUUCCCUGGAGUUCUGUCCACCCCCCUUUUCCUUCCUUCUUUCUCUUUGUUUUUUUUUUGCAGCUUCUCUUUUCCUCUCUAAGCCUUCUUUCUUACUGCCUAUUAAAUAUCUUCACUUAGGCAUCCCAUGGUAGUUUUAAAUUCAGUGUGUCCAAACCACUAAUCCUCGUCUUUCGUCUAAGAUCUUUUCUGGUGCAUGUUUUCUGUUUUUUCGGUCUUCCACGGAGCAGGGCAACACAGAAUGUCAUAACCUCGUUUCUGCCUACCUUGCCAGUUCAUCCUGUGUAAUCAUGUUCUAGUCCAGUGUUCUUCAGACAUGUAAAGCACAGGCUCCUUUUUGAUACACAUAAACAAUCUGAUAAAGCCUCUUGAGACAAGGAGACUCUUUCCCUGUGUCUGCUGCUGUCUCCUUGCUUACCCCUUACACAGCUAAGAAGAUUUCUGUUUAACUUAGCUUUUUAACAAGUGUUACCAUGAAAAUACCUUUGUGCUUUGUAAGUAUAAAGAUUUAAAUAAUUUGUAAUAAGGUUUUUGAAACCACAAACUGCCCACCCUCACUCCACCCCUUUUGGAGCAUCAUGAUCAAUCACAAGGACUUCCAGUUUCUUCCCCAACGUGCUGUGUGUUUUUUCCCUCAGUACCCUUAGCAGGCCUCGUUACCUCUGCCUGGAACGCUUUGCCCUUCUUUAUGGCCAAGUGAAUACCUACUACUUAUCCUUUAGGACUCAGCUCCAGUGAUGUUGUAUCCUUAAGGUUUUCUUCAGCCCUUUCCAGUCAAAGUUAGACACUCCUGUGCUUCUGCUUCCUUAAUCUUCACUUCCCAUGUUAUCACACUGAUCACGUUGCUUUAUAGUUAUUUUCCUUAUGAGUUGGUGAACUUCAUAUUUUGAAAAUGUAUCUUUAUACAUAGUGCUUAAUGAAUGGUAGGCCCUUAGUAAUGUUCUUGAAUUAAUAAGAGACAUAAUUCUUAAGUGCUGAACUCUGCACAGAAGGGUUGCUUUUUGCAGAUUCCAAACUGCCAUGCCCUCUACCCCAGUGGUUGACAAGGCAAAUUGGGAAUUACUUCUCAGAGGAGUAAAGUAUUAUUUAGAUUUAGAACCUGAGAAAACAAGAAAACUUUCUCUUCAGAAGCUGGAACUUCCAUUUUUGCCUUCAUGACCCUUGUGACUCACUUGGGUCUCUCACUGGUUGGUACAGUUUUGAGGGUACUAUUGGGUGCUUUUUGUAUGACUUCCAUCCCCCACACAAUUGGAGAAUCAUGUGUAGACCAUAACAGUUAUAAUGUAAUGCUUUUUACUCUGGUGUAUUAUAAAACAACGAACCACACACUUUUGUAUGUGUUACAGCCUCCUAAGUAAGUUCUGUUUCAUUCAGAAUGAAGUAAAUCCAAGAUACCAAAUACUCUACAUAAGGAAAGUACUACACUUCACUCAUCAACCACUAUUAUGUGACUGCUACGUGCUAGGGUUUGUCCUAGGCACUGAGGAUAUAGCUUUGUAAAAUACCCUCUUUUGGAGUUUGUAUUCUAGUGGAGGAAGUUAACAGAUUUUAAGAAAGAAAUGUGUGCUGUGUUAAGUGUUAAGUGCAGUGGAGAAUACAGCAGCGUAAGGGGCCAGUGUGACUGGAGAGGAGCGCUAUUUAUCUAGGGUGGUUGGGAAGGCACCUCUAAGCAUCUGUCUCCUUUAGCAUUUGUGUCUUCAAAUUCCACCCCUUUGGUUAAAUGCCUUGCACAUUCAGAACAUUCGUAAAGUUUCUCUUAUAGAAGAUCUGAUACCGAAUUAAGGAUUGAGUCACUCACUACUUAAGACCUCAUUUUGAUUACAUUUAAAAGGUUUCUGUCCAGUGUGGACUUUACUAAUGGGUAAGUAAUAAGCUAAAAGCCUGCUUAUGUCACACUUGGGGUUUCGCUCCAUUUUGAGUUCUGUGAUAGUGACUAAAAGUUAAACUCUAUUUAAGGACUUUUCAUAAUCCUUAAUUUUCUUUUUUGCUUGAGGAAGAUUGUCACUGAGCUAACGUCUGUGCCAGUCUUCCUCUAUUUUGUAUGUGAUGCCACCAUAGCAUCGUUUGAUGAGCAGUAUGUAGGUCUGCCGCUGGAAUUUGAACCAGUAAACCACAGGCCGCUGAAGCAUAGUGUGUGAACCUAACCACUAUGCCACCCGUCUGGCCCCUCAAAAUCUUUAAAUUUGUAUGGUUCUUUUCCAGUAUGAAUUUUCCGGCGUUAACUAGGCUUUGAGACUUAGUUUAAAAAGCCCGUGUGCUUUGGUGCAUUUAUAGGGUUUCUGACUACUGUGGACCCUGUUUGAUGCUGAUUAAGGUACAAAUCAUGACUAAAGGCUUUCCCUUGUUCCUUUGCAUACAGUACAGUAAGGUGAGAGUCAUGGCUAAAACCCCACAAUAAAAUCACAUUCCUACCUUUACAAUCCCACUGCGAAUUUUCUGAUGUUCAUUAAAGUGGGAACUAUGUCUAAAGGCAUUCUCAGAUUCAUUUUUAGUGGCGUUUUAAAAACCUAUAGCUGGUUGACAUGCUACUUUUAGAUUACUUGUCACUUUUCUCUGUCUACCUUAUAGGGCUCUUUUUUGGCUCCCAUAAGGAUAUCCCAUCUGCCACAGAAUCCAGGAUUCUAUAGUUCUCUAGUAUCACUUCCUAGUAUUAUUUCUUAACACAAUGUGAGAUAUCAUGUUAUGAAAGUAUUACGUUAAAAUACAUUUGAUGUAUCACAGUUAAGGUAUGCGUUAUGUAUUCAUGCUGGUGUUCUUUACUGUUUUUUGUUUUCCUACUUCCAGUGAAAAUUUUUAAGUAAAAUGUUUUGGAGCAUAUGAAUAUUUUAAAGAAAAUAAAACCAUGUUCCUGUA